UGGAAGGGAACACAACUAUUUAAAUUCUCGUUUCCAUCUCUGAUUGUCCCUGAUAAGUUACGCAAUGUGCGCUGGCUGCUUGUUUGAGGAUAGGGACUGGCGAGGAGCAAAUCUCCACCCUGUGCUCUCUUUCUUUGCUCAGAGUUGCUUUGGUUACCCCCUGAGCAUCUUCUUCAUCGUGGUCAAUGAGUUCUGUGAAAGAUUUUCCUACUAUGGAAUGAAAGCAAUCCUGAUCCUGUAUUUCACAAAUUUCAUGGGCUGGAAUGAUAAUCUCUCCACUGCCAUCUACCACACGUUUGUUGCUCUGUGCUACCUGACGCCCAUUCUUGGAGCACCUAUGGCUGACUCAUGGCUGGGAAAGUUCAAGACCAUUGUGUCUCUGUCCAUCGUCUACACAAUUGGACAAGCAGUCAUUUCGAUAAGCUCAAUUAGUGACCUCACAGACCACAACCAUGACGGGAUCCCUGACAACCUUCCUACACACGUGGCACUGUCCAUGAUCGGCCUGGCCCUGAUUGCGCUGGGCACUGGAGGAAUUAAGCCCUGCGUGUCUGCAUUUGGUGGAGAUCAGUUUGAAGAGGGCCAGGAACAGCAAAGAAGCAGAUUUUUUUCCAUGUUUUAUGUGGCUGUUAAUGCUGGAAGUUUGCUUUCUACCAUCAUCACGCCCAUGCUCAGAGUCCAACAAUGUGGAAUUUACAGUCAACAAGCUUGUUACCCACUGGCAUUUGGGGUUCCUGCUGCUCUCAUGGCUGUAUCCCUGAUUGUGUUUGUCAUGGGCAGCAGCAUGUACAAGAAGUACCAGCCACAGGGCAACGUCAUGGCUAAAGUGGUCAAGUGCAUCGGGUUUGCCAUCAAAAAUCGAUUUAGACACCGCAGUAAAAGAUUUCCCAAGAGGGAGCACUGGCUGGACUGGGCUAAAGAGAAGUAUGACGAGCGGCUUAUCUCUCAAAUCAAGAUGGUGACCAGGGUGAUGUUCCUGUAUAUUCCACUCCCCAUGUUCUGGGCCUUGUUUGACCAGCAGGGCUCCCGAUGGACACUGCAAGCAACAACUAUGAACGGGAAAAUGGGAGCUAUUGAAAUUCAGCCGGAUCAGAUGCAGACUGUGAACCCCAUCUUGAUUAUUAUCAUGGUCCCUGUCUUUGAUGGUGUGCUGUAUCCUCUGAUUGAGAAGUGUGGUUUCAACUUCACCUCCUUAAGGAGGAUGACGGCUGGAAUGUUCCUGGCUGCCAUGGCCUUCGUGGCGGCUGCACUUGUCCAGGUGGAAAUUGAUAAAACGCUUCCAGUCUUUCCCAAAGGAAAUGAAGUCCAAAUUAAAGUUUUGAAUAUAGGAAAUGGUAACAUGACUGUUUCCCUUCCUGGAAAGAUGGUGACACUUGGUGCAAUGUCUCAAACAAAUGAAUUCAUGACUUUCCACGUAGACAAAUUGGCAAGAAUCAACAUUUCCUCUGCUGGAUCACCGGUCACCGCUGUCACUCAGGACUUCAUGCCGGGCCAGCGCCACACCCUCCUCGUGUGGGCCCCCAAUCACUACCGCGUGGUAAAUGAUAGCCUUAACAAGAAGCCAGAAAAAGGAGAAAAUGGAAUCAGAUUUGUAAAUACGUUCAACGAGCUCAUCAGCGUCACCAUGAGUGGGAAGGUUUAUGAAAACAUCACCAGUUACGACGCCAGCCAGUAUCAGUUUUUUCCUUCUGGCAUAAAAACCUUCACAAUGAACUCAUCAAAGAUUUUGCCACCGUGUCCACAUGAUUUCAAAUCUUCCUACCUUGGAUUUGGCAGUGCCUAUACCUAUGUAAUCAAAAGGAAGGAUGAUGGCUGCGCUGAAGUGAAGGAGUUUGAAGAUAUUUCACCCAACACAGUUAGCAUGGCUCUGCAAAUCCCACAGUAUUUCCUCAUCACGUGUGGCGAGGUGGUCUUCUCUGUCACGGGAUUAAAGUCCUCAUAUUCUCAGGCUCCUUCCAACAUGAAGUCGGUGCUUCAAGCAGGAUGGCUGCUGACGGUGGCUGUGGGCAACAUCAUCGUGCUCAUCGUGGCAGGGGCAGGCCAGAUCAGCCAGCAGUGGGCCGAAUACAUUCUAUUUGCCGCGUUGCUUCUCGUCGUCUGCGUAAUAUUUGCCAUCAUGGCUCGGUUCUACACUUACGUCAACCCAGCAGAGGUUGAAGCGCAAUUUGAUGAGGAUGAAAAGAAAAAGAACAGGGAAAAGAGCGACCCAUAUGCUUUACCAGACCCUGACUUCCAUACACGGUUGUGAGAGCCAGGAAGCAACUGGAGCAGGACUAGGCCCAGCAGGUGCCCUGACCUCUGUCCCCAGGUGGCAGGACAGACAGUGCAUGGAUGGCCCCUGGGGGGAUUGACUUCAGAACUGGCAACCAAACCAGGAGAGCUGUGAAGCCAACAUGGAAUCUAGCAUUCCAGAAGAAGUGUUUUUUUUAAAUGUGUUAAACUCCAUACAUGCACACACAUCCCACAUACCCUUGCUCACAACCCCAAGAGCACCGCCUGCAUGCGUCUCCUUUCCUACACACGUGAAGUUGUUUUUUACUAACUUAAUUUUGAAAAAAAGUUCCAUAUGGUUUGCAUUUUAACACUCUUAAGAAAACUAUACCAAGUAAGGCAGCAGCCAAUGCCAGAAAUUAAUCUGGAGGUGUUAGAAUGGUCUGUAAUAAGUACCAGCUAGUACUAACUGGGAAUUUGAACUUUUGACUUGUUUUCUUGUUCAAGUCCCUCCCUCUAUUUAAAUUAUGUGUAACUCAAAAGACCAUUUGUAGGAAGGCCCGUAAUG